AUGGUGUUCACCUAUACAGCCCUUCGGACAAAGGCCGUAGGGAUUAACAAAAUGGGCGCUCUUAUUAACCUUUUCCUGCAAUCUUACCUGCAUAAAGAUUUAUCUGAUGCAACGGUCGCUAUUAACCUCGACGGCGGCAAAAGCGUCAUCCUCGCUUACCAGGAACCUGGCCAGCCGUUAAGAAUCAUCGCCCAGGGCUAUCGCAAAGACAAACAAAUCCCCGGUCUGACACCCUAUAUUCCAGGAUCAUCACGUAAAUUUCCUUCCAUGGUUAAAAUCGAGCUUUUUGGCCGCGCAAGCCCACUGGGGAAAGUAAUGCGCCGCUCCGGGCUCCCGCUUAACCCGGCCAAACAUUGCGGGCAGACCAAGCGCCCCCGGUGGCUCCGCUGCCAAUAG